AUGGGCCAGGUCAACGUUCUUAUCCCCGUAGGACGAGCAGUUAGUUACGGCGAGUUUAACAUGUUCUGCAACUUGGUGACGGACCUGAGUGCAGCACCAAACUGUCCCAAGAUAGAUCGGGAUCUCGCUAAGAAUCGGAGAUGGUGGGGAUGGGACGAUCUGCACAUCUGUGAGGAAUGUUAUAUCCUCGUGGCCAAGAAAACCACUCUGGAGAAGCAUUUCGUCAUGAAAGGAGAUCACGUCGUUGAAUCGCGACUCUGCGACCUCUACUCCCCUCGCAUGCGCCAACUCUACAAAGAAGCCUGUCAAACGCAACAGCUAGCCUCUUUUCUCGCCUUUGCACGACAACGACGCCAGAUCUAUCUCCAAACCGUCCCUGAGAUGAAUAGAAUGCUACAAAAUGCCAAACACGCUCUUAGCCAAGCGCAAACACUGGGUUUGGCAGCAGUUACAUUUAGUGCAGCAGGAAACCUGAACUCUACCAAUUUCAACUACGUUGGUUAUGGAUAUGGAAAUGCCCAGUUGGCGCAGGCGGCCAUGGCGGAUCAGCAGAUGCAGCAGGUUGGAGCUGCGGCGGCGGGACCAGCGGCCAUUGCGAGAGUUGGUAUGCUGGAGAAGAUGUGGAAGCAGGUUGAAUGA